GCUGCACCUGCCUGCAGGCCCAGCUCACCGGCGAAGAAUAUCUUAAGCAUACAAACACAAGCUGCGUCCGUCCAGUUGCAGUCGCCACCCACCACCACUAGAGCCAUCAGCACAUCAAAGAGGCAAUGGACAAAAAAGAAUCCGCACUUGCUUGGCUUUCCAGCUAGUAACUCAGCUUGUCGUCCGGUUACUGGCUCCCAGGUGAUACAGAUCGGCCUUUCACGGCGUCGGUGGAUCGGCUAGCAGCAAUGGCGCGCGCGUUCGGCGUCGGCGCUGCGAUGCUCGUCGUCGUGUCGGCCUUCUUCGCGCCGGCGGUGACGGCGCAGACCGGCAGCUGCAACGACCCGCUGCCGACCGAGCUCGUCGGCAACUACUCCGGGAUGGCCUGCAGCCCCGUCUGGAACAACUUCGUGCUCCGGUACGCGCAGGGCGGGGACAACGUGCUGCGGGUGGUGCUCUCCGCGAUGUACAGCUCCGGGUGGGUGGGGAUGGCGUUCUCCAAGGACGGCCUCAUGGUGGGCUCGAGCGCCAUGGUCGGGUGGGUCGGCAAGAAGGGGCAAGCCCACGUCAAGCAGUUUGCCCUCAACGGCAAGGCGCCCUCCAUGGUCGUCGCCGACAGGGGCUUCCUCGUCUCCAACGGCCACGACCACACCGUCCUUGUCAAGCAGGCCAAGAUCUACCUCGCCUUCCAGCUCAACUUCGACUCGCAGCUCAAGAAGCAGCAGGUGCUCUUCGCCUUCGGCUCUGCCAUCCCUGUCAACGACCGCCUAGCCGAGCACCAGGGCAAGACGUCCAUCACCUUUGAUUUCACCACAGGCAGCUCUUCAGGCUCCUCCUUCCCGAGUGGCCUAAAAAGGACUCAUGGGGCACUCAACCUGUUCGCUUGGGGUGUCCUCCUGCCUAUCGGUGCCAUUAUCGCUCGGUACUGCAGGGGUUGGGACCCUCUGUGGUUCUACCUUCAUGGCGGCAUUCAGUUCGUCGGCUUCAUCCUCGGUCUGGCUGGCGUUGUGGCUGGAGUAUCACUGUACGGCAAGAUCCAGGCAGAUGUUCCAGCACAUAGAGGCCUUGGCAUAUUUGUGCUUGUGCUUGGUAUCCUCCAGAUUCUAGCGUUCUUCCUACGGCCCAACAAAGACUCGAAGUACCGGAAAUACUGGAACUGGUAUCACCAUUGGGUAGGCAGGCUUGUGCUCUUCUUUGCAGCAGUCAACAUUGUCUUGGGGAUCAAAGUUGGAGGCGCGGGUAACUCGUGGAAGAUCGGCUAUGGUUUCAACCUGGCCAUCCUUCUCAUCACCAUUAUCACCCUGGAAGUCCUAGUGUGGACAAGGUGGAAAAACAACAGCGGUCCUGCGACGACGUACUGACUAUGCUUGACUAGGGUUCUUGUUCUGUGAGCUGCUGAAGGCCCUAUUAUUUUCAUUCGUUUCCUUCUUCUUAUGCUGUUGUUGUAAGCAUGUAAUCUAUUCUGCAGAAUCUUUUAGCAGGGAUCUGCGAGACUAGUCUAUCGGUGAUGUGUUUUGGAUUUGAAAUGUGUAGAGUGUUUGAAUGUACUACUCCAAUGUUGUUUCUUCCAAUGCGUGACGAAGAGUGAAUAGUGGUA